AUGAGGGAGGUUCAAUUUGUCGGUGAAAUCGACAUUGAACUUCAAGGAGUCAUCGGAUCGACUGCAUUUCUAGGGUCUAACAUCGUCAAUGACGACUUUACCGACGAUGAGCAAAGUCAGCUGGUCAUCGGCGGGAUUGAUGGAUCUCUUGUUAUUUAUGAAAACCUCGAGAGCGCCGAUCAAAAUGGUGAAGAUUCGAUGAUCCCUGUUUUCACUUCUAAGGAUUAUGGAAUGAUAGCUUCGAUCAAUCAAAUCACUUCUGGAGAUUCACAAUGGCUUGUUGUUUUAGGAAGAAACGGGUUACUGUCACUGACGAAAUUCAUCAGAGCUGAUGACGGUAAGACAGUCGAAGAAGAUGUCAUGGUUUCGUACGAUAUUCUGCGCAAUGCGAUUAUGAUGGAACUGAUCGACAAUUACGUCAUGAUCCAGCUCCCAGAGGGAAAGUUCCAACUCUACAGCUUGAUUGAAGACAGCGAAGACGUUCUCACAGUGAUUGCUGUCAAAUCUUGGGACAUGCGAGAAGAACUGGAGAAAGUCAAGGAAGAUAACGACAAAGAGGAGAAAAUCACAUUUAGCAACAUAACGAAAACGGGCAAGAAAGGAAAUUACAUCUUCUCGGUCAUUGCUCACAUUCAAACUGACGAUUCUACAAAGCGGUUGUUGAUUUCCUUCGACGAAAAGAACGAGACCACAUUGAGAUCGUUGGCUGUUCCGAAGUCUGGUAAAACCGCCCCGCAUAUCAUCGGAGAAUUAUGCAACCAGGAUGGACAGACAUUUUUCUGCUCGGCGGAAAAGGGCUCUUUGGAUGCUUCAAUUUUCAAGGAAAAAUCCGCUAGCGCAAUCACUUGCUGCGGACAACUUUACAGUCAGAAGAACGGACUGUCAUUGAGCGAAGAAUGCGACGAAAACCUGUCGACAGAAAUAACUGCCCCGAUCAUCUCAGUUUCAAAGCUUGAUGUUCUCAAAGAUGGAAAUGAAGAACUCGUUAUUUGUACGGACAACGGACUAACUUACAUCAUUUCUACAAAUCCCAACCAAGAUAUAAUCAAAUAUCACCACAGAAGAGGAAUUCGAUUCUUGACCGCGGGUAGAUUUGGCGCUACCCCCUGUUUUGUCUAUUUGACAUGCAGAAAUCAUGUGCAGGUGUUUCGAAAUGUACAGUUGCCCUGGCUAAGUUCAAAGGGGAUCUUGGAGCGGCUUGAAGAUCAUCCACAGAUUUCCAAAUUUUUCCGAGAAAAUGGCUGCGCGACACCAGAGCAAAAGAAAGAAAUGAUGAAGAAGCUUCUUUACAGUUAA